AUGAACUCCUCUUUGGUUGGCAACCAGAGUGGCCGGCCGUUCUGUCUCCUGGCCGUUAGCUAUUUGGAGACCAUCAAUUUUUGCCUCCUGGAAGUGGUUAUCAUUGUGUUCCUGAUGGUGCUGAUUAUUUCAGGCAACAUUAUUGUGAUAUUUGUCUUUCACUGUGCACCUCUCCUGAACCGCCACACCACUAGCUACUUCAUCCAGACUAUGGCGUAUGCUGACCUCCUGGUGGGCGUGAGCUGUCUGGUGCCUUCUUUGUCUCUGCUGCACUACCCUAUUGUUUUAAGUGAGUCUUUGGUUUGCCAAAUCUUUGGUUAUGUGGUAUCAGUGCUGAGAGCGUAAAAAAACGUCUCCAUGGCCUCUUUGGCAUGCAUUAGUAUUGACAGAUACAUUGCCAUCACGAAGCCACUGACCUACAACACACUAGUUACCCCAUGGAGACUUCGAAUCUGCAUACUGAUCAUUUGGCUGUACUCCUGCCUGGUCUUCUUACCCUCCUUUCACUGGGGAAAGCCUGGAUAUCACGGGGAUGUGUUUCAGUGGUGUGCCAAUUCCUGGAACACCGAUCCCUAUUUUACCCUUUUCAUUGUGGUGAUGCUCUAUGCUCCGGCUGCUUUCAUCGUCUGCUUCACUUACUUCAACAUCUUCCGCAUCUGCCAGCAGCACACCAAGGAGAUCAACGAGAGGCGAGUGCGCUUCAGCUCCCAGGAUGGGGAGGCUGGGGAGGCACAGCCCUGCCCGGACAAGCGCUAUGCCAUGGUUCUUUUCCGCAUCACCAGUGUCUUCUACAUCCUCUGGUUGCCCUACAUAAUCUAUUUUCUCCUGGAGAGCUCUAAUGUCUAUAGUAACCGCAUUGCAUCCUUCUUGACCACUUGGCUUGCCAUUAGCAACAGUUUCUGCAACUGUGUCAUUUACAGUCUCUCCAACAGUGUCUUUCAGAAGGGGCUUAAGCGUCUCUCGGGGGCUAUUUGUGCCUCUUGCGCUAGACAGAGGGUAGCUAAGGACUCCUCUACCUCUAGGAGCAAAAGAUCUUCCAAUGGAUGUCAUGUCUAAGACGCCUAUCAGCUGGACUGGGAAGUGCAGGGACAAUUCUGUAAAUUGCAAAAUAACUUAAAUGUGAUUUUAAGAUGUCCAGAUUUGCAAAAAGGUUUCUGAGAAACGCUGCUGACAUAGAAGAAUCAGGAGCACAGAUCAUUGUGGUUUCACUUGAAAAAAUUAUUGCUGUGGAGGAGGCUGUGGAGUUUUACCUCCAUAUUCAUUUUUAAGAAUAAAGCUGUAUCUUGACACUUACCUCUCCAGCUGGUGUGACUGAAUGGAGUGGGUGUCUGAGAGCUUCAGCAAAAUGUAGUCUUUCUUACAGCUUUACUAGGUUCUUUCGAGAUUCGUGCUUCACAUGUAAAUGAUAGAUCUGAAGUGGAAA